AUGGACCAGCACGCCCGACCCCGCCGCCAGCAGACGUCGCGACCCAAGCCCCUGCCCCCGGGCGACGAGGACGUCAGCACGGACGUGAUCCUCGGCGAGUUCCAGGACGUCGACACGCUGACGCUGUCCGAGGCGUCGCUCGUCAUCAACGCGCUCGUCGCGAAGCGGCGCAACGACCGCAAGGGCUUCCAGGAGACCGAGAUCCUCGCCCAGACCGUCGACUACCUCGACGCCUUUGCGCGCUUCAAGCAGAAGGAGAACGUCGAGGCUGUCGAGCGCCUGCUCAGCUCGCACAAGAACCUGAACAAGUUCGAGCGGGCGCAGAUCGGUUCGCUCUGUUGCGACAGCGCUGAGGAGGCCAAGACCCUGAUCCCGUCCAUCGCGAACAAGAUCGACGACGAUGUCCUCCAAGACCUGCUCGACCAGAUGGCUAAGCUACAAGGGUGA